GGGACAUUUAAAAGGAAAACAGAGGAUAGCCAAAUUUGAACAUCAAUAAUAAGGGAAAGCAAGUUUUGCAAAACAGAGUAAAAGGGGGAAAAAGUUGAGAACAAAUGGGAGAUAUUAUUUUGUUUGUCGAUAAUUCCUCAUCGAAUCCUUCAAUUUCACUCUGUAGAAUUUGCCAUGAAGAAGAGUUGGAAAGCUUUAAGAGCUUGGAAGUUCCUUGUGCUUGUUCAGGCACUGUUAAGUUUGCUCAUAGAGAUUGUAUACAGAGAUGGUGUAACGAGAAGGGAAACACGACUUGUGAAGUUUGUCUUCAGGAAUAUGAACCAGGAUAUACAGUAACAGUUCCUUCAAAGAAGGCUCAGCUGAUUGAAGAUGCAGUAACCAUCAGAGAUAGCCUACAAAUUCCAAGAACAGAGGUUGAAGCAGAAGAGCAAAGAUUAGUGGCAUUGGCUGAGGAAAAUGAAUUGUCCGAAUGUACUUCAGCUGCAGACAGAGGGGCAUCUUGCUGCCAAUCAUUGGCCCUCACUUUUACUGUCGUCUUGCUGGUCAAACAUCUCUUUGCUGUGCUGAAUGGCGAAACUGAUCAUUACCCAUUUGCACUUCUUACAAUAUUGUUUUUUAGAGCGACUGGCAUUAUACUGCCAAUGUACAUAUUGAUUCGGGUAAUUACAGCUAUUCGGAACAGCAUUCGGCGACAGUUGCAUGUUAGCGACGAGGAUAUCUCCAACUCUGAUGAUGAAGACAGUGUUGAGCAGCUUCAAAAUGUCUGACAAUCUUACAACUAUACAUAUAUACAAGUUUUCCAAUCACUUCCUACUUGUAAUCCCAAAUCCCCCCCGAUUCUUUUAGAAUGAAAAUAUGAAUAGAGGCCCCCAAAGAAAGAAAUAUGAAUAGAGAAAAGGAAAAAUAUUAGAAAAAAAACAUGGAUUUUGUGUACAGAUUGGUGGGCCGUAGCUUGCUUUUCUUUUCUUUGUUUUUUUUUAAAGGAGGAUUAUAAUUUGCCAAUCCACCCACCAAUGUACUAUAUAAUAAGAAAUUUAAGAAAUGCCAGGAAGGCCUAAUUGGUGCUAA